AAAGACGUGUUUAAAAUUCAUAAAAAUGAUUUAAAGGGCUUUCUCGUCCAAGUAGUUUAUAAGCACCAUCAUUGAUAGCGGUCAUCGUCUCAGUUUUUGUUGCCAUCAUCAUUCCUUGUUUCGGGUUUUGUUUUUGUUUUUUUCCAGCAGUUACGUUUUAUUUAUUUUUAAUGACUGGCUUAAUUUUACAGAAGAUCAUUGACCGUCUCUUCGUGAGGGUUGUCAAUACAGUGACCGCUUUGUGAAUCGGUGACAAACAUACAGAUCAACAGUUACAAGAUAAAAGUUUUCAGACACUCGUGAUGACAUCUUUGCCUCCAUCACCGCCACCCCUUCCCCCUCCAUCUCCACCGUUGAUGUCAGGAACUGAGCUGGUUAGUCACAGUGGAACCGUAAUGGAAGGUGCUGUUGUGGAUAGACAGGCAGGCCAAAAUGUUUCCGUUUGUCAGAACUACUUAAAAAGCCUAGGUUCCUGCGUGAGUAACAUUGCAUUUUUAUCCCACUAUCGGCCAGUUUUGCCCGUGGUGCAGAAUGGACCUAUGUGUGGCUUGGUAGCUUUAGUUAUGGCAGCUCACUUGGCAGGCAACGAUUCAGUCUCAACUGAAAAUCUUCUGGAAAUGGCUCGAAAUAAAGGAUUUACCAAACAAGGGGAGAUGUUCUUAGCGGACAACUUGCAAGAACUUGCCAGUCUUGUGAUUCCUGUAACAUACAGUGCACACGUUGUAAAUAACGUGAGCUGCAUCGACAUUUUGCACAGACUCUUUGAUGAGGAAAUUUUACUAAUUCCAUAUGAUGCAGAUAAGAACUUCAGCCCAUGCCAAAAGAGAGGACACAAAGCGCAUUGGGCAGUUGUUACAGGAUUUCUUCUAGCCUUUAACAAAAAACGCAAUGCAAGAAAUAUAUUGGAUUAUCUACAAACAACCAUGGAUCACUCCCAAGAACUCCACCACCUUGGAACAAUAGAAAGCAAUUCUGCAGAAUAUUUGAAAAAAACGUUCAGCUCCUUGGAAAAUGUAGAAGCCAUCUUUAUCUAUGGCCAUCAGGGCAAAAGCAAGUAUGUUAGUAAAUGGUUGCUUAACAGUUUAGUUGCCAGCAAUGCAAAUUUGGUCGAAGCGGAUCCUAACCGAUCAGUGGAUGAAUAUGUUGUGCCACCUGGAGGUUUGAGAGAGUCAUUAUGUAACAAAUUUGUCACAAUUUACAGAAAUAAAUUAUAAAUGUUUGUGUGCCGUGAAUUGCAUUUGCCAUUUCGCAUCUUUAUUUGAUUAAACUAGGAUGCUUGGAUACACAUAAAGUAUUUGUUGUAAUUGUAUGCUGUGUGUGUCUAUUAGUAAUGCAAGUGCUAGUCAAAUAGUAGCAGAAAACAGUUAUUACAUAUCUUACAUAUACAAACAUCAACGAUUUUAUCAAUUAUACAAAAUUUAUUUAGCAAAAGAAGCGUUUUAAAACUGUCAAAUAUUCAACAAUUCAUGAUAAUCUUAAAUUGGAAUAACCCAGUAGAUUCACCCAGUAACUUCUGUUAAAGUCCUAAAUAUAGCUGUGACCCCUAUCCUCCAUUUCCUUUCCUCGUGGAAUGCAGUUUACUGGAUAAACAGAACUAAUUUAAGACUGCUUACAAGUAUUAUAUCCAAGGACUGUGCAUCUAAUAAUUCUAUUAGAGUUAUUCAUUGAUAUUCGUUAACAAAGAAAAAAUAGCACAAAUACUAGGCACUAUGCCAAAAUGCUAGCAUUUACACAAACUUGAUUAAUGUAAACUAUCAUAUAGAAUGUACUGCAAGGUCAAAUGUUUUUCUUUUCUAAAAUAUCACCCUAUAAACUUCAGUUAUUCUUUAUAUCUUAAGGCAUUUUGUAUUUUUAGAACUACAGACCUAAACGCGUGUUGCUACAAAUGUACAAACAUAAGAGCACAAACACAAUUUCAUCUGCACACCACCCCGUUUCACUUGUCACCUGAAGAAAAGCUUAAUGAAAAGCGAUAAAUUUAUGAGAAAAAGAUUAUUAAAAAAAA